AUGGUCGUCGUCCACGCGGAUGCGAACGCGAGCGCCGCCGCGUUGCCGAUCCAGAUGCCGAGCAGCGGGCGGCCGUGCGGCAUAGGUGGGGACACAAUUUCGUUGAUCGGUGGCGGAGAGUUGGGUCGGCGUUCCGCCAAGCAAGCAGACAGCGGGAAGCGCUUUUUCUUUGCGGUGGCCGGCGACGUCGAAAACAUCAACAAGCAGGCGCGCAAUGCGCGUGCCGACUGGGCCACGGGUUCCGAGGCGGGCGAGGCGGCUGCUGAGGCGUUGGCGGAGGCGGCGGUCGACGCCGUCUACGGGGCGCUCGUAGCGGCGACGCUCGAGGAGUGGGCGGGCGCGAGCACGGACAACCCCAUCUCCGCGGCGGACGCUCGAGGCCCAGGCCUCGAGUGUCAGCAGUGCUUUGGGAGCUUUUACGACGAGUUUGGCGUGGAGCCGUGGCUGUGGCGCCGGGCGUUGCGUGAGGGCUGGUCGGAGCUGGGGGGCUGGUCGAGAGAGGAGAUGGAGGCGGCGGAGAAGGAAAUCUGGCGCGGCGAGAGUUCUGAGAUCUCUCAGGAUGAGGAGCCUGAGCCAGGGGAGGGUUGGGAAGGGGGGGCGAGGCCGGAGGAGUAUGACGGCCUCUUCGACGACCCAUAA